AUGACUGAGAGAGUUCUUCUAGAAAACUUCCUGAGCUGCCACGUCUGCUCAGAGACUUUCGGAGAUCCUGUGUCUCUGAGCUGCAACCACAGCUUCUGUUCAAGUUGCCUGCAAACAUUCUGGGAAGAAGCUAAAAACAAAAACUGUCCCAUCUGUAAAAGAAAAUCCUCGAAAACGAAUCCUGCUGUGAACUUUGCACUGAAGGAACUGGCUGACUCCUUUGCUGGGAGACAGAAAGCUGGAUCAUCUGAGACAGAUAAGGGGGAGACUAAAGUGGAUAGUCACAAAGUGGUUCCUAUAGAAGAGGCAGUCAGUCACCUGAAGGAUCAGCUGAAAUCUGACCUAAAGUCUCUAAAGGACAAGAGGGACAAAUACAAAAAAGUAGAGAAAACAUACAAUGACGUGAUUCAACACUCCAAGAAGCAGCUGUUGUCCACAGAGAGGCAGAUCAGAGCAGAGUUCAACAAGCUCCACCAGUUCCUGAAAGACGAAGAGGAGUCCAGACUGGCAGCUCUGAAGGAGGAAGAGGAGCAGAAGGGGAAGACUAUCAGCACAGAGAUGAAGAGGAUUCAGGAGCAGAUCUCCUCUCUGUCAGACAGCAUCUCUGCUGUUGAAGAAGAGCUGCAGAAACACAACGUGCUGUUUCUCAGCAGCUAUAAAUCCACUCAGAGCAGAGCCAGAGCCCAGAGCUCGCUGUCGGAUCCACAGCUGCUCUCAGGAGCACUGAUAGAUGUGGCCAAACAUCUGGGCAACCUGUCCUUCAGAGUCUGGGAGAAGAUGAAGGAGAAGGUCUCCUUCAGUCCUGUUAUUCUGGACCCAAACACUGCACACCCCCAUCUCUAUCUGUCUGAUAAUCUAACCAGUGUGAGACUUGGAGAUACAAAGCAGGAGCUUCCUGACAAUCCAGAACGACACACAACUUAUUUAAGUGUUCUGGGUUCUGAGGGCUUCAGCUCAGGGAAACACAGCUGGGAUGUGGAAGUGGGAGACUAUCCUUUCUGGUAUCUGGGUGUAGCUAAGGAAACGUAUGAAAGGAAAGAAGAGUGUCGUGCUUUACCAAAACAGGGAAUCUGGUGUUUAAAGCAUCACAGGGAAAAAUACACUGACUGUCUUUGUCAGGCUGUUGCAGUGAAGAAGAGUUUUCAGAGGAUCAGAGUCCAGCUGGACUACGACAGGGGAGAGGUAUCCUUCUACGACCCUGAAGACAAGACUCACAUCUUCACUCACACAGAAACUUUCACUGAGAAACUCCUCCCAUACUUUGAAGUCGGAAAGCCUCAUGAUGCCAAAACUACUGAUAUCAAAGUCUGUCAGAGUGAGAUUUCCCCGUGA